AUGUGUGGAUCAGAUUUUGAAAAUUCGGAUGAAAGUGAGUUUUUUUGGAUGAAACUGAUAGAAUAAUUUUUUUUAGAAAAUACACCGGAUGUUUUGGCAUUGCUCGCGGUUAUGAGAUAUUUUGUGAAAAAUGAUUAUGAAGUUAAAGUUGUAAUUUUGGCGGCAUAUCGGGAAACAGUCAAUUUUCGAUACGGAUUACAUGUAAGCUUAUCGAAAAACAAUUAUUUCAAAAAUCUCAAUUUUUUCAGAAACUCAUUGAGAAUAAUCUAUGUUUUUUGGUUUAUGAUGAUUUUCACGAUGAUAAAAUAACACUGGAUUUGGCAUUGAAUACAAAUGGAAUUGCUUUGAGUAAUGAUUCUUAUAGAGAUCAUGAAAAAUCAUCAGAAAUUGAAAGAGAUUCGAUUGCUAUGAAUUGGCUAGGAAUAAAAUUCACUGAUAUUCCAACUACUUCGAAAUUUAGUUUUGGAACAGAUGGAGAUUUUAUCGCUGGAAAGUUAUUCAAUUUUUUGAGUCAUCGAAGAACAAUUUUGAAUAUGGAAAAUAUUGGGGAAAGAUUAUUGAUUGGAAAAGAUGAACCAACUUAUGAAAUGAGUAUGAAAAGAAGAGCGAAAAUAUGGUCGGAAGAAUGGAAAAAUAGUACUUUAGAGUUGUUGGAUUAUUUGAUUGAGGAAGGUUAUAAAUUCCUGAUUUUGAAAAGUAUCGAUGAAGUUAAGAAAUAUUCGAAUUAUAGGUUUGAGUUUUUUUUUCAAAAAAAAAAUUGAGAAAUUUUUCAAAAUAUUUUUUUCAGAUACCCUAGAACCACUCCGAAAAGAUGUGUUUUAUCCAAAAUUCCGGAUGAUGUCGAAGCUAAUUUUGAAUUUGAAAUGUAA